CCAGCCGACUCACGCCACGCGCGGGCCAAUGAGCGAGCCGCGUCUCGACAGAGCCUCUCCUCGAGAGGGCCCGCUGUGGAGUCGGCUAGCUCAAGUCGCCGCGCGUCUUAACGCCCAACGCGAAGUACGCGAACGCCACUCAUGGUUCCGUCGUCGUACGUCCUGUCUCUAUCUUCGCAGUCUCGAAGGUCGUCGCUGGCGCGAGUCGGUUGAUGUUGUUCAGCUUCCUCGGGAGUCGACGGGAGAGUUCCGGAGCCGUGCAGAAGAUUGUUGGCGAAAAGCAUCAUGAGGAAGAUUAUUCUUGGUCCGAAUUCCAUCUAUUUGUAUGAGGGAGAUAUGGACACCAAUGAUGUUUUGUUUUUUCACAAGCACAGGGAUGUGUUUAAAAGAAUGUGGCAUGAACAGGGGAACAGGUUUUGGAAAAGAUUUCUUUUGGGAUUCCGGACAUUUUGUGAAGACCUAUGUCCACAAAUAGCAGGUGAAGUUACUGCUUAUUUCCUAUAUGGCUGUACUUACAUAGAGGCACAGUAUUGUCAAGAUCGAUAUUCAAAUGCAAGGAGAUAUAUGGAGGACGUUUUCAACGUUGCUAAAAACAGACACUUGGCUGUUAAUUGUACUGGUGGUUCAGUGGCCUGGGAUCCUUUUUAUAUGAAAGAAACUAGGGAAACGUUUAGAAAUCUAUUUGGUUCUCCAGGUGCCCCUUUGACUCUUGAGACGAUGUGCUUCGUGUCUCCACUAUUUAUUCAAUUUGGAAAGUCGGUGUGCAACUGCCUGAGGUAUUGGAUCGAGGCAGAGAAAUGUGACAGCUCAGAUGAGUCAUAUUGGUCACCAGAGUUUGUUAUGAAGUAUGGCAUGGACACGGACUCUAUAAAAAUGUCAGACGGUCCUUUAAAUAUUCCCAAAAGAAAUAAAAAAUCCAAGUCGAAAUCGAAGCAAGAAAGUUCAGAUGAUCCUUCAAAGGAAGAUUUACACACUGGCCAAGAGACACAGUUUUCCCAGCAAAACACUACCAAGGCUGCCACCACAACUACCAAUUACUCUUUGUACACUCCAAUACCUAAAGAUACGAGAACAACGGAAACAAAAAAGGAAGACGUGAAGCUGUCUGGAGCGAAUAGCGAUGGAAGUGAGCCUACGGCAAAACAUGUUAAGGAAAAUGCCUCAAAGACGACUGCAACAGAUUCCUAUUUGGUGAAGGGGGUUCUGAAGGACUUCUUGAAGUUGGCCAAGAGAAAGAAUUUUGACGCAAUUGUGGAGGAAGACCUGAACCGUGAGGCCAGACUGCGAAAUAGAACCCCCGAGGAUGUUAUGCGACAGGUGGUGGAGGAUAUACUGUCAGAGGAAGAUCAUGUUUGCUGGUGUUUUAAAGAUGCCACGGAGUGCCACUGUGACAGCAGCAGCAGCAUUUUUUGCCAGUGCAGAGAUGGCAGUGACAUACGGAAAAGCAACAGAGCUGAAGUUGCAUCCCUGGUGGAGAAGAUGGUUGGGAAGCUUGCUGGCAUGAAUACCUUCAACGAGGCAUCAACAGCAAGGGAGAGGGAGCCCAGCUCUGCCAAGUCAGAAGCUUCUACCAACACAUCUGAUGCACCUGCCGUGGAUGAACACGGAAACAAAAAGGCCAAGCAGCGACAAUGUGACCAAUGUAAAGUCAUGGAACCAAAGCCUAAACUGUUUAAGAAAUGCCAGAGGUGCUACGAUGAACAUUGGAAUGAGCCCAAGUACUACUGCAGCCGUGAAUGUCAAGUGGCAGCUUGGAAGUCUCAUCGCAAGGAGCACGCUGCGGCAAAAAGAGCCCCCCACUAGGGGGGCACUGGGAAUUACUGCACCACCAGGUUGGGAACAUUUUGGAGUGUCCGGUGGAAUUUGUGCUCAACUUGUUUGGUCCCGAAAUACUGGACUAAUUCUAAGCUUAGACUCGUCCACCUGACCAAGUCAGUGCGCACUUUUAGCGUGCUUUCUCAUCCCUCUUAAGUUGGUUAUGUUUAAACAGAUGAAAAUGCUCAAGAGACAAUGAUGUCUCAUUGGCAAGAGUGAACUGGGUCACCAAAAUGACUACAUGAAAAAAAACUAAAAAGUACAACAAUGAAGCAAAAUAGUAAUUGGCAGAAAUAACUGUCGCUUAAUACAUCUAAGUUGGUGCACCAACAUAGCUUGGGCAGAUAAUUUUUCUACUGGUCAAACUAUAAUCACAAUAUUAAGUCAGAUAUUUUAAACUGAUUUGGGUGGCUAUUGUACCGAUAUGCAAACAGACGACACUGUGAAAUAAAAUUGCAAGUGAGGUUAUACAGAAUCGUUAGCUUGUCAUAAAUUUGUGAUUAAGAUGGGAGAGCAAUCAAGGACAUUUUUAAAGAUUUUUUCAUAUAUAUGAAUCGAUUGCCGGUAGCCCGGGUCACCGCAAAAUAUUGGUGGGCCGGGCAUAGUUUACGUUUUUUUUCUGGGAGCAUCGCUGGUACUAUCCUGUCCUGCCGGAGGGUGACGCUGGGAGCGAUGACGACGACGAUGUCGAUCCCGCCAGCACGACCGUGACCGCCGGCCGUACCAAGCGACAAAGACAAGGGGGGUGGCCGCCCCCGUGAGAAGCAGAACGUGCUGGGGAAUGACCAGACCAGCAUCCUGGUGUACUUUCAAAACAAGCAAUAAACAGCCGUUGCCACGCACAAAUCCCCAGCAGCCCCCCUUGUUUAUGGGUGUUUUGCAUUUGUUUUUUAUUUCCAUAUUUGGCGUUGCGUAUCGGGCUCACUGACAUCUCCCGUCUUCAUAGACCUUCUGGUUUCGGAGUUAUGGAGGUUUUGGCACCUCCGGGUCACCGCCAAUCGAUUCAUAUUCUCUCGCAUAACCUUUUGUAUAACAAAGUCAAUGAUUAAAGCUGAAAAUAGCAGUUAUCUAUUUCAGUGGUUCUCAGCCAGGGGUAUGUGCGGACCCUGGGGGUACACGUGGUAAUGUCCCAGGGGGUACGCGAGGUGAUUUAUAAAUGUGUGAAAUUUGAUCGUACAUGAGAGUCAUUGGUGAAUAAUCAUGUAUGAAUCUGCCAGUAUAAAAUAACUACGAUAACAUUAAAAUCCGUAUGGUAACCUCGAACGAUAUGAAAUAGCUAUCUGAACUCAUUGAUCGUAAACAAUGUGGUUUCUAAGAGUAACCAGCGAGUGCAAACAUUACGUCACGCAUGCAGAGCUUUUUAUUCGCUUGCAGUUACUAGAUAGGAUACCUCACAAAAUUGGUAAUUGAUGACAAUAUUUUUUUUCAUCGAUAAUACUUUUAUUUUUUAGAACCAUUUUGGGUCGGGCAAGGGGGUACUCGGUUGAAACAAAAUUAAACAAGGGGUACAGUAGCCAUAUUGCAUAUUCAUGCAAUAUAAAACUUUAUGGAGUAAUUGAUGGCAAUGGCAGGUGUUUGGUCCCAUUAACAGAGAAUUAGCGAGGGCCAUGUGAAGUUUAGUUUUUCUCUCACAUGGUUCUCUUGGGCUUUUGCCUUCUGCUUUUGCUUCAAUUUGUGUUCAUGAUUUAGUAUGGACUUGUACAAAACGUGCAUGUAAAACAUUCCAACAUUCGGCUAACUGCAUUGAUCCAUUCAUACCAAUAGGUGGCAUGCGCGUCUAGCCAUCUACUUCAUUGUUUGCUCGGUUUGGAAGGGAAUAUCAGCCAAGCUGGUUGUGGUAAGAUCUGACAUUUGUGUGCAGAAUGGCUUAAUUGUAUGUUUACUUUGUGUGUAGCAACGCGAUAAUCUACAUUUUUGUCAGCAAUGUAAGUUUAACACGUAGACUUUCGCAAACCAAUAUCCUUAAAGGUUUUUUGGGUUAGAUUUUGUAAAUAUAAAUGAUUGUGUCGUUAAACCCGCUACCCACCGACGCACCCAAUUAGUAAAAGGUUUGUCACGUGAACAAAACGUGCCAAUUAGUUACUACUUCAGCACACCGGCGAUGAAGCUGGUUGUAAUAACCAGUGAAACGUCGUGUGCUGAAGUAGUAACUAACUGGUAUGUUUUGUUUACGUGACAAAUUGGCUGUGCUGGGUGGUGGCGGGUUAACAACACACUUAUAUUUAUGCAGUUUAACACACAAAAAACACGGAAAGAAAUGUAAACUUACAAAGACGUUUCCAUUCCAUACAUAGACUCGAGCAACAGUGCACAUUUUAAUUCCUUGAAGAUGUAUAUGAUAUUUGACAUCAUGCAGACCUGAAUUAAUCUGAGCUUUGCCAUCCUUCAGAGUUGCUGUACGUUGUAAACUUUCUGAUACUAAGCUUAUAUUUCUGGAUGUGCAACAUCUGUGAGUCGUUUUACUUGUGCUAAAGUUAGUACAAAGCUCAGUAAAUCUACAAUAAAAUUUAGGAAAAAAAAUGUUUUUUUUAGUUUUGCAAUUUGUAUACCAUUCUGUAAGUUUUUGUCAUAAAUUCACUGUACAGUGUAUUGAAAUGUAACAUGGAAACUUUAAAUAAUCAUAGGGUUGCCAUGCUAUACAUUUUCACAAUACGGUACGAAAUCAGAUUUUACGCUGUGACCAUUAUCACAAAUUAGUUCCCAUAAAUUCAUAACGGUAUUUCACAUUUGUAUGGUUUUUUUGUUGUUGUGCUUCAAGUGUGAAUAAGGUUACAUCUUGUUUAUUCAACUGCAGUUCAUUCAACUUAAGUCUGCACGUCUUUCUAAAAUUGGCCUGCUAUGUCUUUCAUGCUGUCAUUUACUAAAAAAAAAUGUUAUAUAAUCAAAAUAAUUACUAAAUGGUAAAUGUAGUAAUUAUGCAUAGUCUUACGGCUGAAAACACUUAAUAGAGUAAGUAAAUAGCUAUUUACAGCUUUGACUUGAUUAUUCCAAAAAUCUAAUGGCAGGUAAUAUUUUUUUUUAAAUGAGCACCGCAUUUGCGGCAACCUUAAUGAUUAACGUUCCAUAUUUUGACUUAAAGCUUUCGUGACUCCAGGAAUUCAUUUUCCUUGGGUCUUUCGAUAAAGUCGCGUAGAUAGGUUCAAAGAAAAUAACAAAAAACUACGACGUUUCGACCGCUUGUGUUGCGAUCGAAACGUCGUAGUUUUUUGUCAUUUUCUUUGAACCUAUCUACGUGACUUUACCGAAAGACCCAAAGAAUAUUAGUUCCAUUUUUUGUUUGUGUUAAUGGGUUACAGCUCUGUAUAGCUAUGUGUUCGGUAACGUUUUGUAUGCCAUGUAGAUGAGUGACAAAUACAAUGGCUUGUUUUCUGUUGAA